AUGCCUUUUGGUCGCAAGAAUGCUCGGGCAACUUAUCAGAGGGCGAUGGUAGCUCUUUUUCACGACAUGAUGCACAAAGAGAUUGAAGUUUACGUGGAUGAUAUGAUCGCUAAAUCUAAAUCUGAAGAAGAACACCUCGUCAACUUAAGAAGAUUGUUUGAAAGGUUACAAAAGUUUAAACUCCGUUUAAAUCCGGCUAAAUGCACAUUCGGUGUGAAAUCGGGAAAGUUAUUGGGUUUCAUUAUUAGCCAAAAGGGGAUAGAGGUCGAUCCUGACAAGGUGAGGGCAAUAAUAGAAAUGCCAAUUCCCAACACGGAGAAGGAGCCUGAUUUUCCAGAUGAAGAUAUCAUGGCUUUGUUUGAAGAGAAUGAGGGACGCCAGGAUGAAAAGGCAUGGAUAUGGUUGUUCGAUGGUGCAUCUAAUGCAUUAGGGCAUGGAAUAGGGGCAAUGCUUAUUUCUCCGGAAAGUCAAUACAUACCAAUGACAGCAAGACUAUGUUUUAAUUGCACAAAUAAUAUUGCAGAAUAUGAGGCAUGUGCCAUGGGCAUUCGAGCAGCAAUUGAAUCAAAAGCAAAAUUUUUGAAGGUGUAUGGCGAUUCAGCUUUGGUUAUCCAUCAGUUGAAAGGAGAAUGGGAGACCCGAGAUCAGAAAUUAAUCCCUUAUCAAGCUUACAUCAAGGGGUUGAUAGAGUAUUUUGAUUUUAUAACAUUUCAGCUCAUUCCUCGUGAAGAUAACCAAUUAGCCGAUGCUUUAGCUACCCUAUCAUCAAUGUUUGAGCUUGUUCUAGACAGAGAACUACCAAUGAUCAAAAUGGAGAGUUGUGAGGACUUAGUGUAUUGUCAUUUCAUCGAGGAGGAGUCAGAUGGUAAACCUUGGUAUUUUGAUAUCAAACAUUAUCUUGAAACUCGAGAGUAUCCUGAAAGGGCAACCGACAAUGAUAAAAGAGCUUUAAGAAGACUGGCUGCUAGUUUUAUUUUAAAUCGGGAUGUCUUGUACAAAAGAAAUCACGAUAUGGUUCUCCUCAUAUGUGUGGAUGCAAUAGAAGCCGAAGUGAUAUUGAAAGAUGUUCAUGAGGGCACUUUUGGCACACAUAUGAAUGGGCAUUCAAUGGUCAGAAAGAUUUUGAGGGCUGGUUAUUUUUGGUUAACCAUGGAAAAUGAUUGUUGUAGGCAUGUGAGGAAGUGUGAGAAAUGCCAAGUAUAUGCUGACAAUAUUAACACGGCACCCACAACCCUAAAUGUUUUGACAUCACCAUGGCCUUUUUCAAUGUGGGGAAUAUAUGUUUUUGGAGCCAUAGAACCAAAAGCAUCAAAUGGACAUCGCUUCAUUUUAGUUGCAAUUGAUUACUACACCAAAUGGGUAGAGGCGGCCUCUUAUGCCAGUGUGACCAGAAAAGUAGUGCCAAAUUCAUAA